AUGUGGUCAACAAAUUUUCCUUCAGUGCUUUUUAUAUUCAUAACCGUGGUUGCAAAAGCUACAGCCUAUGGUGAAAAAUACCAAAGGUACGAUUCGCAGCGUUUUCUUUAUGCUUGUCAAGCAGAGAUUACAUCAGAAGUUACAAUCUGCUCAGCUACCAAUUACACUUGUCCCUGUACUGAUGAAAAUUACCUCGCCACGUUAGCUGGUUGUCUUCAAUCCGUCGGAGGAUUAACAGAGAAAAGCAUCAAUUCAUAUAUCGAGACUUGCGAGGAAUCUUACGUCACAUUAUCAAGUACUUGGUACGAAGAUGCUCUUAAAUACUAUAACUCCAAUGCACAAACAGCAUCGGAAAUCCAAGACUUUAAUACAACUGUUCCCAUUGACACACCAUUUAUUUUAAAUCAAACCAGCACAAACAUAACUUUGGAAGCUUAUAGGAGAUUCUACGCCAACUACACAAACUCAUUAUACUACGGAUCUGGUCUAUUGGGUUAUUGGGCAUUGGUGUUAUUGCUUGGAGCCGUGGCAAAUUGGUCCAAGAUCUUGUUUCCUAACCUAACAAAGAAAAUGACUAACCCUAUUGUCAAUUUGUGGAGAAAGCACGUGACCAUGCCAGCACUAUUUGGUAACAAAAAACUGCAGGAACAUAUGUUUUUCAAGGUAUUUGGGUUCCUUAUCCCAUCGAGAUUGGAAUCAUUAAUUAUUGGAUUGUUUUACGGAGUUGUGAUUCUUUGCAACGCAUUGAAUAUGGAAGCAAUUCCCAAUGAUCCGAUAUUUUAUUCAAGAUAUCAAGCUGAAAUCAGAUACGUUGCCGAUAGAACAGGUAUCACAGCAACCACUUUUAUGCCAUUGGUGUUUUUGUUUGCCGGUAGAAACAACUUUUUGCAAUGGUUAACCCGCUGGAACUUUAGUACCUUUAUAAUGUAUCAUCGUCACACGUCUCGUAUCAUGUUUAUGUUGAUUGUGAUACACGCUGUAUGCUUUACUAUUGCCGAAGGAAGCUACUAUUCUACAGACGUGAAAGAGACUUACUUCAAAUGGGGAAUAAUUGCACUUGUGUCUGGUGGAAUAAUCAUGAUGCAAGGUAUGCUUUACCUUCGUAGAAACAUCUAUGAGUUGUUCUUACUUUGUCACAUCAUCUUGGCAGCGAUUUGGACUGGUGGUGCAUGGACCCAUGUAAAAGAUUUGGGCUACUUGGAUCUCGUAUAUCCAUCUGUUGCAAUUUGGCUCUUUGACAGAUUAGUGAGAAUUGGUAGGCUAGUGUACUUUGGCUUUCCCAAGGCGGAUGUGAUUUUACUUGCAGACGAGACUUUGAAGGUGGUGAUUCCCAAGCCGAGGUCUUGGAAGUCGAUACCUGGUGGGCAUGCAUUUAUCCAUUUUCUCAAGCCCACUUAUUUCUGGCAAUCACACCCAUUCACAUUUACCGACUCGGUGGAGAAUCAAAACUCGAUUGUGUUGUAUUGUAAGGUGAAGGGAGGCAUUACACAUAGCUUGUACAAGACAUUGAAUGCGUCACCUGGUAGAACGUGCAAGAUCAGAGUUGGGGUCGAAGGUCCAUAUGGAGAGGCUUCAGCAGCGAUAUACGCAGACACGGCGGUGUUUGUUGCUGGAGGUAAUGGUAUUCCGGGUAUUUUUUCAGAGGUCAACGAUAUUGCACGUCGAGGUUCAAGCAAGUCUGAGGGUAAGAAUGUUUUAAAAUUGAUUUGGGUUGUUCGCGAGUGGAGGUCCUUGUACUGGUUUUACGAAGAACUCAUGAGUUUGAAGACCAGCCGUAUUGAGACUACAAUUUACAUCACGCAGCCAUCUAACCAUGCGUAUGUCAAUGAUUUCAAUCACAGAUUUGUUGGGUUUGACCGCGACUUUCUUCCAUCGUCAGCAGACGAGGACUUUGAUUGUGAAAACAAAGAAGCCAAAGAGAUUGUCAAGGAGGGUGCGAAAAUAGAAGAGGAGAGUUCAUGUGACGAAAAGGCGGAUACACAGUUUAUUGUUGAUUGUAUACGAAAAGAGCUCUCGCAUAUCGAUUUCAAAGAAGGUAGACCGCAAGUGGGGGAGAUUGUUUCACAAGAGAUUCACGAAUCCAAUGGGUCUGUUGCAUUUGUCACGUGCGGACACUCAGCGAUGGUUGACCAGUUGCGUUACUAUUGUGCCGAAAAUGUCGAUAAUAAGGAAAAGAAGAGAGUAGACUUUUACGAGCAAGUCCAAGUUUGGGCGUAA